AUAGCCGAGAACAGAAGCAAACUACAGGGAGAGUGAGACUGAGUGUACUACACAGCAAGAAACCACCCCAUCCGUCGAUCCUUCCAUGGAAGACCCCUACACGAGCUUCUUCAAGAACCCCUACUACUACUACACCACCUCCUUCCCGGCAGCUCCAGCUGCCCAUCUCCCUCCUCCCCUUCCACCGUACACCAGCCUCUACCCCGCCGCCACGCCUCAGUACCCGGCCUGCUUCUUCCAGCCGCAGCCGACGCUGCCGCCUCUCCACGACAGCCCUCCCUCGCCUCCGCUCCGGGAGGCGCUGCCCCUCCUCUCUCAGUCGCCCACGCGCGGCGCCCGAGAGCAUGUAGCGGCGGACUACGACUCCGACGACGACGCCGAUGACUUCCCACGGGAGGUCGCCGGCAGCUCCGCGACCCCUUCCGCCGCGCGCGCGCCGCUCUUCGCCGACCUCAACUGCAUGCCCUCCUGCUGCGACGACGGCGGCGACCCGAUGGACGUGGAGGCCGGGGCGUCCACGGACGACGCCGCGGUCGCCCUGCGCAUCGGCCUGCCCGCGGCGCCCGCGAACGGCUGCGGCGGCACGGAGGCUGACCUCCUGUCGGGGCUCACGGGCAGGGGCGUGGAGGCCGAGGAGGACGAGGAGUGCAAGGUGGACACCGGCGCCGGCGACGGCGACGAGAUGGUGCCGCUAGGGUUCGCGUCGACGCCCAUCGGGAGGCUCAACAAGGGGCAGUACUGGAUCCCGACGCCGGCGCAGAUCCUCAUCGGGCCCACCCAGUUCUCGUGCCCCGUCUGCUACAAGACCUUCAACCGCUACAACAACAUGCAGAUGCACAUGUGGGGCCACGGGUCGCAGUACCGCAAGGGCCCCGAGUCGCUGCGCGGCGUCCAGCCGACGGCGAUGCUCCGGCUGCCGUGCUACUGCUGCGCGGCGGGGUGCCGCAACAACAUCGACCACCCGCGGGCGCGGCCGCUCAAGGACUUCCGCACGCUGCAGACGCACUACAAGCGCAAGCACGGGCUCAAGCCCUUCCUCUGCCGCAAGUGCGGCAAGGCCUUCGCCGUCAAGGGCGACUGGCGCACGCACGAGAAGAACUGCGGCAAGCUCUGGUACUGCCUCUGCGGCUCCGAGUUCAAGCACAAGCGCUCGCUCAAGGACCACGCCAGGGCCUUCGGCCACGGACACGGCGCCUUCGGAUGCAACGUCGACGGCCUCGACGACGACGACGAGGGAGCCGUCUCCGAGAUCGAGCAGGACGGCGCCGGCCGUUCAUCGGCGGCGCGGUGAUCGCCUUAUCGAUCGGUCGACCACACCAUGCAUGCAUUAUUCGGCCGGCAUCGAGAUGAUCAUGCAUGUUAGCUAGCUAGCUAUGUUGUUCUUGUUAUUGGUUGCUUUUGUGUUGCUCGAGUAGUAUGCAGCAUGUAGUACUAGAUUGUGUUAGGGUACGUUGUUGAGGAGUACGCGGUCGGUCGCGUGACCUCCUGAUCGAUCUCUACUAUGUAGCUCGCGUGUUUUUGGUUUGUGUUAGUGCAAGCGGCAAUUCAGGUUAAAUCAGAUGGAUUAUUAGUCAUCAA